CUCUCUCUAACCCCUCCUAUUUCUUCUCGGUUUGAAUUUCUUCCCCUGGCAUUUCACUGGCUCUCAGAGCAAGAGACCAGACCCACAGAGAGGGGAAAGCAAGGCUGCGCCUCUCCUGCUGCUGCCAGCCCAGAACUGGAACUGGAGGGGGUGAGGGGAGAGGAAACGAAGCAGGAGGAGCUUGGCUUCCUCUUGCAUCUGAGGACAGACCAGUUCCUUUCAAGAACCCCACGGAGAAGCGGACUGCAUCUCCGCAGCGAGCUUUUGGAGUACUGCUGGCCCAGAGGCGAAGGAUGGUGGUGUCCCUGAGAGCAGGCUGCAGGGCAGCGCUCUUGCUCUGGAUUCUCAGCAGCCUCAUCUGCAGAGCCUGGAUGGCUCCCUCCACGUUUCAAAAGUGUGAUGAACCACUCAUCUCUGGGCUUUCCCAUAUGUUCUUCAGCAGCUCCUCCUCCUUGUCCAAUAGCUAUUCACCUGGCUAUGCCAAGAUCAACAAACGAGGAGGUGCUGGGGGAUGGUCACCAUCAGACAGUGACCACUAUCAAUGGCUUCAGGUUGAUUUUGGAAAUCGGAAGCAGAUCAGUGCCAUUGCAACCCAAGGAAGGUAUAGCAGUUCUGACUGGGUGACGCAGUAUCGGAUGCUCUACAGUGACACUGGGAGAAACUGGAAACCCUAUCAUCAAGAUGGGAAUAUCUGGGCUUUUCCUGGAAAUGUCAAUUCUGACAGUGUAGUCCGACAUGACCUGCAGCAUGCCAUUGUUGCCCGCUAUGUCCGCAUCGUGCCCCUGGACUGGAAUGAAGAAGGCCACAUAGGGCUACGUGCAGAAGUCUAUGGCUGCUCUUACUGGGCUGAUGUUAUCAACUUUGAUGGCCAUGUUGUGUUACCGUACCGCUUCAGAAACAAGAAGAUGAAAACACUCAAAGAUGUCAUUGCUUUGAAAUUCAAGACCUCGGAAAGUGAAGGAGUACUCUUGCAUGGUGAAGGGCAGCAAGGGGAUUACAUAACGUUGGAACUGAAAAAAGCCAAGCUGGUCCUCAGUUUAAACCUAGGAAGCAACCAGCUUGGCCCCAUCUAUGGCCACACAUCUGUGACAUCAGGAAGCCUACUGGAUGAUCACCACUGGCACUCUGUGCUCAUUGAGCGCCAGGGACGGAGCAUUAACCUGACAUUGGACAGGAGCAUGCAGCAUUUCCGCACCAAUGGAGAGUUUGACUACCUGGACUUGGACUAUGAGAUAACCUUUGGAGGCAUACCUUUCUCUGGAAAGCCAAGUUCCAAUAAUCGGAAGAAUUUUAAGGGUUGCAUGGAAAGCGUUAACUACAAUGGCGUCAACAUCACUGAUCUCGCCCGAAGGAAGAAAUUAGAGCCAUCAAAUGUGGGGAAUCUGAGUUUCUCUUGUGUGGAACCCUACACAGUACCAGUCUUCUUCAAUGCUACAAGCUACCUGGAGGUGCCUGGCAGACUUAAUCAGGACCUGUUCUCGGUCAGUUUCCAGUUCAGGACUUGGAACCCCAGUGGUCUUCUGCUCUUCAGUCAAUUUGCAGAUAACUUAGGCAAUGUGGAGAUUGACCUUGUGGAGAGCAAAGUGAGCGUCCACAUCAACACCACACAGAGCAAGACAAGCCAAAUCGACAUCUCCUCAGGCUCUGGGCUGAAUGAUGGGCAAUGGCAUGAGGUUCGCUUCCUGGCCAAGGAAAACUUUGCAGUUCUCACCAUUGAUGGGGAUGAAGCAUCGGCAGUUCGCACCAACAGUCCUCUGCAAGUGAAGACUGGCGAGAAGUACUUCUUGGGAGGAUUUUUGAAUCACAUGAACAAUGCCAGUCACUUUGUCCUUCAACCAUCAUUCCAAGGAUGCAUGCAGCUCAUCCAGAUAGACGAUCAGCUUGUAGAUUUGAAUGAAGUGGCACGGAGGAAGCCAGGAAGCUUUGCAAAUGUCACCAUUGACAUGUGCGCCAUCAUAGACAGAUGUGUGCCCAAUCACUGUGAGCAUGGUGGGAAGUGCUCGCAAACAUGGGACAGCUUCAAAUGUACUUGUGAUGAGACGGGAUACAGCGGGGCCACCUGCCACAACUCCAUCUACGAGCCCUCCUGUGAAGCCUACAAACACCUUGGCCAGACGUCAAAUUACUACUGGAUAGAUCCCGAUGGCAGCGGACCUCUGGGACCUCUGAAGGUUUAUUGCAACAUGACAGAGGACAAGGUGUGGACCAUAGUGUCUCACGACUUACAGAUGCAGACGACAGUGGUAGGCUACAGCCCAGAAAAGUAUUCGGUGACACAGCUCAUCUACAGUGCCUCCAUGGACCAGAUCAGUGCCAUCACCAGCAGCGCUGAAUACUGUGAACAGUAUGUCUCCUACUUCUGCAGGAUGUCCAGGUUGUUGAACACCCCAGAUGGAAGUCCUUACACGUGGUGGGUUGGCAAAGCCAAUGAGAAGCACUACUACUGGGGAGGCUCAGAGCCUGGGAUUCAGAAGUGUGCCUGCGGCAUCGAGCGCAACUGCACAGACCCCAAGUACUACUGCAACUGUGAUGCGGACUACAAGCAGUGGAGGAAGGAUGCUGGCUUCUUAUCCUACAAAGAUCACCUGCCAGUGAGCCAGGUGGUCGUUGGAGAUACUGACCGGCAAGGCUCAGAAGCCAAGCUGAGCGUGGGUCCUCUGCGCUGCCAAGGAGACAGAAAUUAUUGGAACGCUGCCUCCUUCCCUAAUCCUUCAUCCUACCUGCAUUUCUCUACCUUCCAAGGAGAAACCAGUGCUGACAUUUCUUUCUAUUUCAAGACGUUAAUCCCUCGAGGAGUGUUUCUGGAAAAUCUGGGGAACACAGACUUCAUCAAACUGGAGCUGAAGUCUGCCACAGAAGUGUCCUUUUCAUUUGAUGUUGGAAACGGGCCAGUGGAGAUUGUGGUGAGGUCACCUUCCCCUCUCAAUGAUGACCAGUGGCAUCGGGUCACUGCAGAGAGGAAUGUCAAGCAGGCCAGUCUCCAGGUGGAUCGCCUGCCCCAGCAGAUCCGAAAGGCCCCGACGGAAGGUCACACCCGCCUGGAACUCUACAGCCAGCUGUUUGUUGGUGGUGCCGGCGGCCAGCAGGGUUUCCUGGGCUGUAUCCGCUCCUUGAGGAUGAAUGGAGUGACCCUUGACUUGGAAGAAAGGGCAAAGGUCACAUCCGGAUUCAAAUCUGGAUGCUCAGGCCACUGCACCAGCUACGGGGCCAACUGUGAAAAUGGAGGCAAAUGCAUCGAGAAAUACCACGGAUAUUCCUGUGACUGCUCUAACACAGCCUAUGACGGGACAUUCUGCAACAAAGAUGUCGGUGCCUUUUUUGAAGAGGGCGUGUGGCUGCGUUAUAACUUCCAGGCACCGGUGCUAACUGCUAGAGACUCAGGCAGCAAGGCUGAGAAUCCUGCAGAGCAGCAGCCCUCGUCUCCAGACCUGGCCCAGGAGCAGAUCCACUUCAGCUUCAGCACCACCAAGGCUCCCUGCAUCCUCCUCUACGUCAGCUCCCUCACCACUGACUUCCUAGCUGUGCUGGUCAAGCCCACAGGAAACUUGCAGAUCCGGUACAACCUGGGAGGAACCAAAGAGCCAUACAAUAUCGACGUGGACCACAGAAGCAUAGCCAAUGGACAACCCCACAGCAUCAACAUCACCCGGCAUGAGAAGACCAUAAUCCUCAAGCUCGACCAUUAUCCCUCCAUGAGUUACCAUCUGCCCAGCUCCUCUGACACGCUAUUCAACUCUCCCAAGUCGCUCUUCCUUGGAAAAGUUAUAGAAACAGGGAAAAUCGACCAAGAAAUUCACAAGUACAACACCCCAGGCUUCACAGGCUGCCUGUCCAGAGUCCAGUUCAACCACAUCGCCCCCCUCAAAGCAGCCUUGAGACAGACAAACGCCUCAGCCCACGUGCACAUUCAGGGCGAGCUGGUGGAGUCCAACUGUGGGGCGUCCCCACUGACGCUGUCCCCCAUGUCUUCGGCCACUGACCCUUGGCACCUCGAUCACUUGGAUUCAGCCAGUGCUGAUUUCCCAUACAACCCAGGACAAGGCCAAGCUAUAAGAAACGGAGUCAACAGGAACUCAGCUAUCAUCGGAGGGGUCAUCGCUGUGGUGAUUUUCACCAUCCUCUGCACCCUGGUCUUCCUCAUCCGGUACAUGUUCCGUCACAAGGGCACCUACCACACCAACGAGGCCAAAGGAGCUGAGUCAGCCGAGAGCGCAGAUGCUGCCAUCAUGAACAACGACCCCAACUUCACAGAGACCAUUGAUGAGAGCAAAAAAGAGUGGCUCAUUUGAGGGGUGGCUUUUUAGCCAUGGGCUAGGGAGGGAGGCUAAGGGAGGAGGGAGAGGGACAAGAGCACCCUGUGUCACACCCCUGAGCACAUGCUUACAGUAUCAGCACAAGCUGGGGAAGGCAAGCAACCCAAUAUUCUUAAGACUGAUGGCCACACAAAAAUAUACUUUUUAAUAUUUCUUUAUAGCUGAGUUCCCCCUUCUGUAUUAAAAGAAAAUGCUUUUAGAGUUUAAGCAACAGUUGGAAUUUGUAGGUAAUAUCUGUCUUAUUUUGUGUGUGUUUAGAGGUGUUCUAAGAUCCCGUGGUAACAGGGCAAGUUUUCUACAUUUUUAAGAGCCCUUAGAAUGUGGGUAUUUUUUCCUCAAGAAAAACUGAUACGCAUCCAUACAGCUUAUGACAUUCUCUUCCUUUUGCACCUAGUCAACUUUUAAUGGGCUGUUGUAGCAAUUAGUUUGUGUCCAGAUAAUAUUUCUUUUGGUGUCCCAUAAAACAGAAAUGAGAAAGAAAAAAUGAGCAAAGAGCCUAUUUGCCAGUCUUCAAAGACACCUGCAUCUAGGCCAGUUUUCUGAUGGUCCCUGUCUGUCAUUAGCUGGUGAAGGAAGAAGGAAGCAGCUCCUGUCCUGCAACAAUGUAAGCAACACAAGUGGAGACAAGCAUCCAAGAAUCUGGCAAAGAAAGGCAUACUGGGUUUAUUGCUUCUGUUUUCCAUUGACUUCUACAUAAUGAUGUCCCAUGGAUGUAGUCUUAGGCCUCUUUAAUGUCUGUAAUUAUCAGCUAUAACACCAUGGUGAGCAACUGUUACAGGACUUCUCUGUUUUAACUUUAACUUAUCGGGCUGUAUUUGUAUACAGGCCUCAGUGGGGAAUUAGAGCCAGAGGGAAUGUCUUCUUUGCUGUUUCUUUUAUAUUUAUAAGGAAAAUAUGGACACUUUCUAGUGAAUGCAUAAAUUAGUGUGUUUUUUUUUAAAUUUCGCUCUAAACUUCAAGUUUUUACACCGCUGUGAUAAAAUCCUAGCAGAUAGCACCCUCUUGAUUGCACAAUACAAUAAAGCCAAGUUACAACAGCUGUUACUCUGGAAUCAUGUGGGAAACACUGCCAUACCUCAAACCAACUCAACCGCAGAAACACUGUCAUGAGACAGAGAUCUGUGACAGACACAUCAGAGUGUGCAGUCGCCACAAACCUGAUCAUCAAUCACCACUUCUCUUUAAAAGACUCCUAUUGUCUAGUAGAUUACAUAUCUUAGGGCUAUCAGGAGUUUUGAGCCAUUUGCUCCAAAAAUAACACUAGAUUUUAUGUUUUUAAAAAAAGUAGACUUUGUGUAAGAAAUUGGGAGCGAUUCUUCCUAUUAGAGCACCCAAAACGGAAUUUAAUUAAAUAAUUUUUUAAUUAUACAAAAGUUUCUUGAAUGGCUACCAUUUAUAAUUGAAAUAUGUAGGCCCUCUUAUACUUUAAAACCUCUUUUUAAAAAUUUUGUAGGCUCCAACAUUUGAGGAAUUAAGCGUGAUGAUUCUUCAUUUCUGCUCUUAGAAGGGCAGAGAAAUUAAAGUGGUAUAGACACCACUUCUCUGAGGGUCUGUCUCAGUGAGAUGUGUGCUCCAGUAGUUGGGAUAUUAUGCACACACUUUCAAGGUUCUCCGAAAACUCAAAUUAUUGGAGGAUCUAAAUUUCUUAAGUAAUGGUAAACCUUAUCCCAAGCUGCUUAUUGCUCCAGCUUACAAUGCACUCCCAAAGGAGGUAAGGGGUGGGCCCAUUCCCCUUCAGUCACAGAAACAGAAUAUAAAGGAAUCCUGAGACCUCUUUCAAUUGCAGGCAGACCUCAAACAGGCCCAUGGACACCCUUGCAAAUUCUUUCAUAAAGCAUUAAAUGGUUUUAUUUAUUAGGACAAAAUGCCAGAACAAUUACAUUUGAGAGCCAAGCUCAUGUUAUUUCACCAAGAUACCUGACCGUGAAGCAUUCUUUUUCAUAUUUUCACAUUGAAAAGGCAAAUGUUUACCAUUAUGACUUAGAAAUAUUUCUGAUUUUUUUUAGAACUUAUUUUACAGGUAUUACAUUUGUACUUACCAAAUAAUGCCAGGUGGAAAGUUAUUCUUUCUGGCAUUCCCCAAAAUAGCUGUGUUCAUUUUGUAUUAGCUCAGCACUUUCCUUCCCCAAAUGAUUAGCAAGAGAAACCAUCGGGACAGUCCCCAGUAUUAGAGUGUCCUCAUCUGGCCCUUCUCUUCACUGUUUCCUUCCCUUUUUCCCGCCACAGAAAGCAAACACUAGGGUCCAACCCGUCUCCCACAUCAGCACAGCUGGGGUUCUGAACAACAUUGUCCUCAGUUGAGACACAAGAAGAGAGCCGACACAGUCUCCCUAAGGUGGUUACAAUCCCCUUGGAGACAGGAGCCAGAGGUGGGCGGAGGAGCAAGUAACUAAAUCAGUUGCUAAGUGAGUCCUGAAGUCUUGACCUUUUCUUGGAAUUAUGCCCUUAACCAAAAUCCCCACAUCUAUGCAUGGCAGACAUAGCCAGUGUGUUCUGAAUGGUAAAUAAUUGCUCGUCUGAAGAAAAAGAAGUAAUUCUCUGUUCCAUUUCCCUCCCUUGACAGUUUGGUAUGAGACUGCUUCAAGUCAUGAUAUAACCCGAAUUUGCCUAACCCUAGACUGUCUUUUCAUCCCCACUACCAACCAUCUGGACAUUUUAUAGCCAAUAUAUCAUCAACCAAGCACAGACCAGUGGAAGCUCCUUUAAGCAAUAAGACUAUAUAAACCAAACAAAACCCAAACACUGUGCCAAAGGACUAAGACACACUGGUACAAGCCUGAAAUCCCAGCAUUGGAGAGACCAAGGUAGGAGGAUAAUGAGUUCAGGGUCAGCCUGGGCUGUAUAGCAAGUUCUGGCUAGCCUGAACUGCCUAGUGAAACCAUUCUCAAAAAAUAAAGUUCUAAAUAAAUGAAGCUUCAGAGAACAUUGGUGACUGGAGGGUUGUGCAUGCAUGAACUUUCUCUGCGUCUAAACCAAAUGUCUGGGUUUUUCAAGAAGCUAAGAAAGACGCUGAAUGAAUGCAAAAUCAGUGGCAUUCUCUACUCCCAAAAUAGCAUAUUCUCUGGGCACAGAGACACUAAUUCAGGACAUCAAAAUUUUUCAUGGUUGAAUUUUCCCUGGGCCUUCUUAAUAUGUAAGAAUGCAUUUCCUCAUUCUUAUCUACCAACAGUUUAAAAAUAGGAAGGCUUUUGUGAAUUGUUUUAAUUGAAGAUCUGAGAACAAGAGUUUAGAGGACUUUUGUUAGAAAUUUCCCUACUGAUCAGCAUCAGAAGAGAAAGAACUCCUCCCCAAAGGAGCAGGAAUUCAAAGGUAACAGCAGCAGCAGCAAUAGUCCCACCAUGACCAGUGAGUAGAUCCUAACUCUGUUGUUGCACAUAGCAGGAGAGCACCAGGUACUCCUGUAAGCCUGGUCAGACAACAGCCUUGUACAGCAGAAAGUACUGCUAGGAGAAGCCAACAGGCACUGGCUCCAACCGCACCAGGGUUCAGGGAGUGAGAAGAUACACUAACUUCUUCAAUCCCAGCCAAUGGGUCUGGCUCCCACCACACCAGGGUUCAGGGAGUGAGAAGAUACACUAACUUCUACAAUCCCAGCCAAUGGGUCUGGCUCCCACCACACCAGGGUUCAGGGAGUGAGAAGAUACACUAACCUCUUCAAUCCCAGCCAAUGGGUCUGGCUCCCACCACACCAGGGUUCAGGGAGUGAGAAGAUACACUAACUUCUACAAGACCACCUGUUCUCUGUGUUCUGCUCUACUUGUUACUGUUUUCUCCUCUCCUUGCUGUGCCCUUUCUUAAGAAAAGAAUCUCCUUUUACAUCUCAUACUUCUAAACAAUGCCUGAUUUGAACUCUUUUUUCCCCUUUUUGCUAUGUUGUCAAGCACCUUUAAAAAAAAAAAGUUUAGCUAGCAGUUUUGUAUGGCAAGUGCUUUUAUCUGAAGAGUCAUCUUGACAGUCUGAGAGUCUUUUUGCUUGUUCUUUUGAUACAGCGUCUCAUGUUGCCCACCCAGGCUUUGAACGCAUUAUGUAGCAGGGGCUGGCUUUAAAUUUUUGAUGUCUUGCCUAUAAAUUCUGGAUUAUAGGUGUGUGUUGCCAUGCCUGGACACAUGUUGAGAUCUACCAGCUGACUCUCAGGGGUCCCACUCACUAAAACAUCAUCUUAAAAAGAUGCCCUUGCUUUUAGCCAAGAGUUAGUGAGAUGCAUGAUUCCUGUUCCUCAACUCAGGGUUGAGUGGCUCACCAGGAAGAACACUUCAGAAACUAUUAUUGGUUGGAUAAGUCAAACUCAGCUUAGUAAAUGUUGCCAUACAAAACCGGCAAUCUAAGCCAAUCCAUGGAUCCUACAGUGGAAGGAAAGAACUGACUUCAUACAAGCUGUCCUCUGACCACUCCACCUACACACACUCACACACAUGAGCAUGCACAUGCACGCGCGCGCACACACACACACAUACACAUACACACAUGCACAAUGAAUAAAAUUUAGCAAGAAUUCCCACCCUUUCUCCUUCCUAGACUUGCUAGGUGAUCCUGGCCAUACCCUUGAACUUCCGUCCAUCCUUCUUCAGUGCUUGACAUGGAGUUGCUUUAUCCACGUCGAAAGACAAUUGUGAGCAUGAUGAAUUCUCGACUGUGCAACACUUUGAUGACCAACUAUAAAUUCCAAGGUCAAAGGAGCCUCAUAAAAAACUGAUUUGGCUUGUGGGUAUAAGUUGCAUUUAAAAAGUACUAUAGAAACCAUGUAGCCAUGCACACGCAUGGAGACUUAAGGGACAUUGCUGAAUCAUUGCUUAACUAUGACACAGAAAGACCUCAGGCAGAUAGGCUGUCAACGGAGGGAAGUGGAACCCAGCGGAAACCUAGAGAAACUGGAAAUUUUAGUGUAAAUCCCUGAAUCCUCACCUGGCCGUGACCUGUGGCUCACAGUAUACAGUCUCAGACAGCCAGUAAAUGUAGCUGGACUGGCUUACAAAUCAACCGCACACAAAAACGUUGUGCUAUAGAGGCCCUGCACCUCUACCCUACGGUCCCACUCACGGUAAUGUCGGAAACUUUAAAGAACAUUUCUCUCACCACAGUAUUAUUUUCCUCUCAUCUGUAAAAUCACUGUCAGUUAAUCAGAGAAAUUAUGUUUAAAAGUUGAGUAAAGACUGGAAGAAGGUAAUAAAGACUGGGCCCCCGAGUGUUCGCACGCAGCACCCAUUUGCACGUCUCUGGUCCAGAUGGAAAUGCGCUGUAACAACACGCCUGCUAAGACACUUUGUCCUGUUUCCCAGGCUCAGCUGAUACAGUCCAUGGGGGCUGGCUUCUGAGAAGGCUGUGACGGUGUGGCGGUUCCUCCCGAGUAGGCCAAGACACUGUUCUCGAUGCUGCCAAUUCUCAGCUUUGCUUUGUCGGCUUCUUUUCCCCUUUGAAGUGGACACGGAGACGGUCUCCCCGUGAGCUAGUUAGGACUUCAUCCCUGUGGAACGCCACCAAAUUUCACUCUCUAAAAGCAAGAGCAUGUAAACUGGAAUGAAAGAAGGAAAUGAUAUAUGUAUGCCUAUUAUUCUUUUGUGGAUGUCUUUCAUUUACCUAAAGUUAUAUUAGAAACCAGAUUGAUAAAUAAAAGAUUCGAAAUAGUUUUAAUUAUCCUAAAA